AUGCAAGACUAUGUUUGUGGCAGAAGAACUUUGCAUCAGUCUUCUAGCAACUCUUGUGCAUUUCCAAUGAGUUCCUACUUAUCUCUUGAAGCUGUCAGUCCUGCAUAUCAGUUGUUCCUAUCAACCUUAUCUUCCAUCCAAGAACCUCAGUCUUAUGCAGAGGUUGUUCAAGAUCCUCAAUGGGUUGAGGCAAUGGAACAAGAACUUCAAGCACUCAAUGAUAAUCAGACUUGGUCCAUGGUUCCAUUGCCAGCUGGAAAGGUGCCUAUUGGGUGCAAAUGGGUCUUCAAAGUUAAGUAUAGAGCUAAUGGGGAAGUUGAAAGGUACAAAUCUCGGUUGGUUGUCAAAGGUUACAACCUAAAGGAGGGGAUAGAUUUUAAGGAGACAUUCUCUCCUGUUGUGAAGAUGAUGACAGUAAGGGUGGUGUUGGCUUUGGCUGCUGCAAAUCAAUGGUGUUUGCAUCAGAUGGAUAUGUCAAAUGCCUUUUUAUAA